AUGGGGUUGCAGACGCAGAGCCUGAGUGCCCUUUCGUGCUUUGCAGUUGCUCGCCGGAGUCACGACGAGGAGGCCGUUCCUAGAGGCCACGACGUGGGAGGAGUGGAACAGCCCGUCGUCGGUGAGCGUGCUCAGCGGAAGGGACGGUUGGCCAUGGAGGCCGAGGAAGUGUCGCGUCACGCCAGCCGCAGCCCAAGGGACGAAGCGCGGCCCAGAGGCGGCGUUCUCGUGGUGAAAGGAGCCGAGGGCGAGGAGGCCGAAGAAUCUGACCGGCAGCCGCCGUGGUGUGCGGCCGAGGAAGGCGGCAUCGCCGGACACAAGGUUGCGCCAACGCCUGGCGCCUGCAGGUGGCGGCUAUGCGGACGAGGUCGGCAAGGUUGGGGAUGUAGUCGAAGGUGGCGAGGAGGGCUUCGUCAGUCAGCGGCGCCGCGGCGUCGCCAGCGGUGGCCCGGCGCGGCCGCUUGGAGGGUGGCUCUCGCCGGAGCCCGGAGGAUGGACAUGGACAUCAAGCCUCUCCUGCUGCUUCGAUCGGUCGCGCCGGCGAUUGAAGAGGGCGGGGCCAUUGCAAAUCUUCUAAACGAUCAAUCGUCCCCACGCGGGGCACAGACGACUCGAUCAGAUAUCUCACGGUAA